CUCUCCACCUCCUCGCAGCCGUCCCGGCCGUUUCACCGCGCGCUUGUUUUUCUCCUCCUCUCCCCCGUCCCGUCCCUUGCCCAAAUCUCUCCCCCUCGCCGCUCCCAAGUCUCCGGAGCCCCCGCGCGCCUCGCCCCUCGGCGCUGCGGCGCUCACCGCUCCCGCAGCUCGCUUGCGCCCUUGCCCCCUGCCGCGCCCCACACUCGGGUCGCCCAGCUUCCCCUCUGCCUUCUACCGCGCCCCCUUCAUCUCUAGCCACCCCCCCCCAAAUCAGGCGAUCUCCGGAGAUGUGAAGGAGGGGGGUUGAGCGGACAGGAAGAUGAAGGGAGCAAAGCUGCCCGCCGCGGGACAGGCGUCUAGGUGAACAAGAAAAUGACCGAAGAAACACACCCGGACGAUGACAGCUAUAUUGUGCGUGUCAAGGCUGUGGUUAUGACCAGAGAUGACUCCAGCGGGGGAUGGUUCCCACAGGAAGGAGGCGGGAUCAGUCGUGUGGGGGUCUGUAAGGUCAUGCACCCAGAAGGCAACGGACGCAGCAGCUUUCUCAUCCACGGGGAAAGACAGAAGGACAAACUGGUGGUAUUGGAAUGCUAUGUAAGAAAAGACUUGGUCUACACCAAAGCCAACCCAACAUUUCAUCAUUGGAAGGUCGACAACAGGAAGUUUGGACUUACUUUCCAAAGCCCUGCUGAUGCUCGAGCCUUUGACAGGGGGGUGAGGAAAGCAAUCGAAGACCUUAUAGAAGGCUCCACAACAUCUUCUUCCACCAUCCAUAAUGAAGCUGAGCUUGGCGAUGAUGACGUUUUUACGACAGCUACAGACAGUUCUUCUAAUUCCUCUCAGAAGAAAGAACAACCUACUCGGACAAUUUCUUCUCCCACGUCUUGUGAGCACCGGAGGAUUUAUACCCUGGGCCACCUCCACGACUCAUACCCCACGGACCACUGUCACCUUGAACAGCCGAUGCCAAGGCCCUACCGGCAGGUGAGCUUCCCCGACGACGACGAGGAGAUCGUGCGCAUCAACCGGGAGAAGAUCUGGAUGACGGGGUACGAGGAUUACCGGCACGCGCCCGUGAGGGCCAAGUACCCGGACCCCUCCGAGGACGCGGACUCCUACGUGCGCUUCGCCAAGGGCGAGGUCCCCAAGCACGACUACAACUACCCCUACGUGGACUCCUCGGACUUCGGCCUGGGCGAGGACCCCAAAGGCCGGGGCAGCGGCGUGAUCAAGACGCAGCCGCCGCGGGGCAAGUCCCGGCGGCGGAAGGAGGACGGCGAGCGCUCGCGGUGCGAGUACUGCAGGGACAUGUUCAACCACGAGGAAAACCGCAGGGGCCACUGUCAGGACGCCCCCGACGCCGUGAGAACUUGCAUCCGCCGGGUGAGCUGUAUGUGGUGUGCGGACAGUAUGCUCUAUCACUGUAUGUCGGACCCCGAGGGAGACUAUACAGACCCGUGCUCGUGCGAUACUAGCGACGAGAAGUUUUGCCUCCGGUGGAUGGCCCUUAUUGCCUUGUCUUUCUUGGCCCCCUGUAUGUGCUGUUACCUGCCCCUGCGGGCCUGCUACAACUGUGGAGUGAUGUGCAGGUGCUGCGGAGGGAAGCACAAAGCGGCGGUAUGACUCAGCUCCCUCCCUCCCGUGCAGGGAGCUGGCUCUCACAUA